GAAAAGCGCUUACUUCUUACACAUUGUGGGAGGGCGCACAGUAUACUCGGUGGGUUAACAAUGGCGGAUGAAGAGGAAGAGAGGGUUGUGGAAGAUGAGCUCCAAUUCCAACUCCAAGAGCAGAAGGAUUCUCUCUCCGCCGUCAACGAUGCUCUCUCCUCCGACCCCUCUAACGCCGAACUUCUUUCUGUUCAUGUUGAGCUUAUUCAGUCCAUAAAAGAUGCUGAGGAGGGCCUUUUUCAAUUGAAAAAAUCGAGAUUGUUGAGAGAGGCGGAUUCUAUUUUGGAAGGUUCGUUGAGCUCUAAUGAUGUCAAAGUGGAGCUUCUGGAUCCAAGAGAUAAUGAAGCUGAACCAUUGGUGGAUGAGGAAUAUUCCGUCGGCUCAAAAUGUAGAUUCCGCCAUACUGAUGGAAGGUGGUACAAUGGGCUCGUUGUUGGUUUGGAAGGUUCUGAAUCGGCAAAGAUAACCUUUCUUAAUCCAACGUCUGAAAGCAUGUUGAUGUGCAAGUUCUUUCUACAGCAACGGUGUCGAUUUGGUAAUAACUGCCGCUUAUUACAUGGCAUUGACGUCCCAUUAUCUUCCUUAAAAGAAUACAUUCCUACAACAUGGGAGCAGUCUCUGGUGGGGUCCAGCAUCUGGGCUUUACCAGAUCGCGAAGCGGGGAUCUGGAGAGAAGCUGAGCUGGCAUCAUGGGACGAGAAACUCAGACAGGGGGAGGUCGUUUUUCGUUACGAUGGAACUUCAUUAAAGCUUGGAACUGAAUCCAUUACCUUGUCUGAAUACGCCGAAGUGAACGAAGAAGAUGAUACUUGCACAAGUUCUGAUUCUAAUUUUAGUGACUCCGAAGAAGAAGACUUCUCUCAAGGAUUAGGGUUUCUCGAGAGCACAAACUCACAGAGAGGGGUACAAACGGAAACCGCCAUUUUCGCCACGUGGGAGAAUCACACUCGAGGCAUUGCUUCGAAGAUGAUGGCGAAUAUGGGCUAUCGUGAAGGAAUGGGUUUAGGUGUAACUGGACAAGGAAUAUUAAAUCCCAUCUCUGUGAAGGUUCUGCCACCUAAGCAAUCUCUCGAUCGAGCUGUAAAAAAUCAAGGAAACCAAGAAAACAAUGUGGCCCGUGUGAAGAAACGUACACGAGGUGGUAAGAGAAAACGUGAUAAGAAGUUAGCAGCAGCAGCUAAAGCUGCUGAAGAAGAAGGAGAAUCGAAGGAUGUUUUUUCACUUAUCAACACUCGACUAGCGAUGCAUGGUAAAGGUUCGAUAAAUGGAGGGGGUUCGGUUAAGAAGCAGCAGAAUAAGGGGAAUGUGGAGGAGAAGAAAGAGGACAGGUGGGCCCUACUUGCUUACGAAGAGGAGGUAAAGACUUUGAGAUUCCAAUGUGAUAAAUUGGAAGAGAUGGUGAAUCGGAACAGGAAAGAGAAGGCGGUUUACGAUGCUGCUAUGAGGAAGCUGAACGAAACUCGAAAGGCACUGGCGGAUGCUGAGGUGGCGCACGCGUCUACAUCGAAAGCAGUUGCUAGAAAGGAUAAAGAGAAGAAAUGGCUCAAAUUUUGAAGGCUUGCAAAAUGAGGUGAAAAAAAACAAAGCAGUAAUAUGCUGUAUAGGGUUCUCAUCAGUUAUUUAUUCUUAGAUCAGCUUUUUUUUUUUCUUUUUUUUUUUUUUUUGUUCUUUCAUAUUUAAGUAUGAAUAUUUUGAAGCUAAUUUUGCAGAUCCAGGACCAGGACCUAAUGGUAAUAUUAAAUCAAUUCAUGGGCCAAAUUUCAUUACGGUAAAUAACGAAUAACCCCUUGAACUUUGGUUAAAUUACAAAAAACACCCCUAUCAGUACUUAUCAAAACCCCCCUGACUAGCUGUUGAUCGAGUUUUAUUAAGAGCAUUCCCUAGAAUUAAAAAGAUUCUGUCAAAUUUCACGCCAUAAGGGGAUUGGUGUAAGACUGAAAAAACAUAAGGGGGAUUUUGGUAAUUUAGGUUAAGUUUUGGGGGAUUUUCGUAAUUUAUCCUAGUUCUUAUAAUAAAAUCAAGAUUCGAUUGGAGGGAGGGGACAAUCUAUCUUGAAUUUUGUCA